AUGAGGAGCAGCGUAGGAGAAAUUGUUCAAGUGGAAGGAGGGCACAUUGUUAGGUCCACAGGUAGAAAAGAUCGCCACAGCAAGGUCUAUACUUCCAAAGGACCUCGUGAUCGCCGUGUUAGACUCUCAGCACACACAGCCAUUGAGUUCUACGAUGUUCAAGACAGACUUGGCUAUGACAGACCAAGCAAGGCUGUGGACUGGCUGAUCAAGAAGGCGAAGUCUUCCAUUGACAAACUUGCUGAGCUUCCUCCAUGGCAUCCACCUACUCAUGAGGAAGGGCGGCAUGAUGCUGCAGGAUCAAGUGGAAUCAUGGCAAUUGAACAACAAGAAAAACAUCAACAGCAACAGUCAGAGUCUUGUGGUUACAAUUUUCAGCUCCAAAGGCAAUUGGGGGCCUUUAUUUCAACCCAUGUUGACACUGACCCCAUCAAUUUUCAAACCAACAACUCCUCGGAAGAUCUUGGUCUAUCUCUCCAUUGUUUCCAAGACCACCCAGGCCUCAUUCAUUGGCAAUCACAGCAAGGUGCAAAUCAAACACCUCCUUCAAAUGAACACCAAAUUCAAACCCUUUUUGCUGGCUCAACCCCAGUUGGGUUUGAGAACCAUUAUCAAAGAACUGUGACUUGGAACAAUGAAGCAACAACCGGUGAUCAUAUGAACAGAUUGGGAUUCUUUCUCAACUCACAGCCAUUUUUAGGCCAAGGUUCUGGUUCUGGUCCAGCUUAUGUUCAAAGUGAGACCCUUCAGUCCAGCUUUUCAUUUCCACUGACUUCCUCUGAGCAUCAGAGGCCCCAGCCAGUUCACCAAGCUUCCAUCUUUGGUAGCAGGUUUGUGCCUGACGGAUUAGUUGAGUUCUGCAUUCAAGAUAGAAUUCAAGGUGCGGAAGAGAACCGUGGGGUUGCUUCCAAUAGGCCCUCUUCUUCUACUAGUUCUAUCCACUGA